AUUCCUACUUCAAUGUCUUGAGGAUCUUGAUGCUAAUCUACGAAAACUGAAUUCACGUUUGUUUGUUAUUCGUGGACAGCCAGCAGAUGUUUUCCCCAGGCUUUUUAAGGAGUGGAAUAUUGCAAAACUUUCUAUUGAAUAUGAUUCUGAGCCAUUUGGGAAGGAAAGAGAUGCAGCAAUUAAGAAGCUGGCUAGUGAAGCUGGAGUGGAAGUCAUUGUUCGCAUUUCCCAUACCUUAUAUGACCUAGACAAAAUAAUAGAAUUAAAUGGAGGACAGCCUCCUCUUACUUACAAACGAUUCCAGACCCUAAUUAGCAGAAUGGAGCCACUGGAGAUGCCAGUGGAGACUAUAACUCCAGAAGUAAUGGAAAAAUGUACUACUCCAGUUUCAGACGACCAUGAUGAGAAAUACGGUGUCCCAUCACUUGAAGAGCUGGGUAUGUUCUCAGAUUUCUUUGACAUUGUGAAACAAGUUAAAU